AUGAAUCAUAUUCUUUCUAAUUAGUUUGAAGAUUUAAAUAGUUCCAGCUAGCAUUAGCAACUAGCACAGUCUUCACUAACACUUCGUGAAGGCGAGAGCCGUCGCAGAGAUUUAUUAUAAAAUAACCCUCUGGAAGACUUGAACUUUAAACACACUGAUUCAAGCGAAGUUAACAGGUCUUUUGUUUUAGAAAAUAUCAUAAUUAGCAAGUAUUAAAAGGAUAGAUUAGAGAAUAAAGUGAAUAUAGAUGCAGAGAAAGAUUUAGAAAAGCAAGAAAUUUGUUGCAUCGAACAUGAAUAGAGCUACUCUACACACAAUAAAACGAAACAAAGUUGCAUUAAUGAUAAUAUCCACUUUUAGCCUGAUAAAAUUAACAAUAAUGUGAUCUUUCUUGAUUAGGUUAGCAUGAGAAAUAAUGAGUCUGAUAUAAAUCAUAUAGAUUUUUCAAAAUAGCACAUGAGUAAAAGCUUCACAAAAAGAAACUCUUCGAAAUUAAAUUUAAUAUCUCACAAAAACUUAAAUUAAGCUGAAUUGAAUGUUUCAGAAUAAUAGAUGAACGAAUAAAAAGGUAGUUUUAGGCAUAAUAAUGUAAGUAAUAUAAAUAACACUACUAAUUUAGCAGUAACUCCUAUCGAUGAUCCAAAUCCUGUUAGGCUAAGUAAAACAUUCUUCUGGUUUUAACGCACUCAAUUUGUGAAGAAAUUUGUUGAACUGAUGAAAUAUAAAUCUACUCGUUUUUUAUUUAAAAACUUGGGUGAAAAUCAAUUUGAAAUGCUUGGCGACUAAAGUACUAAUCUCAUGUAUUUUAUAAAGAAAGGAUUGCUAUCAAAUUAGGAAAUGUAUAGAUAAUCUUUGGCCACUAAAUUUUUGCAUAUUUUAAGAAAAUUCUACUACUCAGAAUCUUUCAUCAUAUAGCCAGAAUCUCUUAUAGCUCUAGUUAUUGAAAUAGUUUCUAUUAUAAUCAAUUUAUUGUUUAUAUUCUUGAUUCCAAUCGAUGUAUCUUUCAACAAUAGCAUAGAUCAUUUUUCCUUUAAUCUAAAGAAUAUCCCUUUGUUCAUUAUUCCGUUAGAAAUAUUCAUUAAGUUAAAUACUGCUGUUUAUAAAAGAGGAUUGAUCAUUUAAUCAAGAGCAGAGAUAUAUAAAAAAUUUAUUAGAAGCUAGUCAAAGAUAGAGAUAAUUAUUUUCAUAGUUUAUGCAUUAUCAUUUGUCAAGGAGGAUAAAACUAAUUUCUUAUAAUACGUGAUAGCUUUUAAGAUAUUUUUUGUGAUCACAACACUUAAAAGCAUAUUUAGAAAAUAAGAUCAUGGAAUGCAGCAUCCAAUUAUGCUAAAAAUUAUAACUCUCAUUUUGAUCAUUCUAACUUUCUCUCAUACCCAAGCAAUGAUAUUUGCAAAAAUAGGAUUUUCACAGUCAAAUGGAUGGAUUCAGCAAAUAUUGGGUAAUACUAAUGAUAAUAUAACCAUAUAUAUAAGUAGCAUUUACUGGUCAAUAAUAACUAUGGCAACUGUAGGUUAUGGAGACAUCCACCCAGUAACAAAAAUUGAAAUGAUUUAUGUAUCAAUUGUAAGCUUGAUUUCUUGUGGAGUUUACGGUUAUGGACUAAAUUCUAUUGGCAAAAUAUUAUCUGACAUAUAAAUAAAAGAAGAGAAUUUUAAUAAAAAAAUGAAGAUUUUAAACUACUCAAUGAAUUAAAGGAAUCUAGAUAAACAAUUACAAUACACAGUUAGAAAAUAUUUUGAGUAUUUAAACAAAGAAGAAUAAGCUGAUGACGAGUUUGCAAAUCAGAUGAUUAAUACGUUGCCCUUAUCCAUGAAGGAAAGAAUCCUCUUUGAUGCGAACCAUAAAAUUCUUUAUUCUUAAAAGCUAUUUUAUUUAAAUUUUAGUAAAUAAUUCUUAGAUAGACUUUCUUUGGAAAUGAAAACCAUGAAAUUAGGACCAGAGAUAGACCUAUUUGAUCUUACCAAAGACAAUAAUAUGAGAGUUUAUUUUAUAUUAAAAGGAAAUGUUGAAGUCAGCAUUUGUUCUAAAAUUGUCAAAAAAAAGCCUACCAUUUUAAGAAAAGGAGAUAUGAUAGGCAUUAUAGAAUUCCUUACACAGCAUAGGAAAAACAAAGGAAUGGCUAAAACAUCUAAUGUUGUUACCUUGCUUUACAUUGAAUUUAGUGAUUUUUAUGACUGUAUUAAAUAAUUUCCUAACGAUUUUGAAUAGUUUUGCAUGAUUAGAGACAAAAUCAGUAUUUAUAAUAAUUACAAUGGGUUGGAUUAAAAAUGUCAGGUGUGCAACAAAUACUCUCACAUCAUAAAAGAUUGCCCUUUCCUGAACUUUCAACCAAAUUAUGAAAAAUUAAUACAUCAAGCAAAUAGCUCAGUUAACUAAGAAAGAACUGAAAACAUUUAAAGAAAAAAAUUUAAAUGCAAUGUUUUCAAUCAAAUUUAGAGUAUUUAGGCUCACUCAAAAAAGAUACAAAGCUUCAAUAUUAUCUAAGAAUAUUAUGAAGAGAUGGGAAUUGCAGAUGAAGGAAAGGAAUAGUAAGUUGACAAAGAAAAAAAAUCUACUCUACUGUUAAAUAAUGUUUUCGGAACUUUUGUGAGCUAAAAACAUUCAACAUUUAAGCAUGUGGAUUGGGAUUAGCUAGAAAAUUCUCCUACCUAAACUAAAUUAACUUAAGUAUAACUCUCAAGAGGAGGAUCAAAGAAGGUUUCUAUUUCAAAUAAAGAGUCAGAGUCUUACAAAAGAGAGAAUUCAAGAACUAAAUCAAGAAAAUACGCUCAAUUUAAUCCUUAGGUUUAAUCAUAAUAACAACAAUAACAAUAUCUAUUGAAUGCAAUAAUUACACCUAAUUCUGGAUUUUACCCUAAUAACUAACAAAUAUUUUUUCCUAAUCCCAUAGUUUCAAAUAUAUAAAAUACAAUUAUUCAAUAACCUUUAGCGAACAGCCUCAAUAUUUUUAAUUAGCAUUAAGGAAAAUCUUCAUCAUCGAAUUUGAACAAUAAUUUAGAAAUUGAACAAGAAACUAAAAACUUGCAAUAAAAAUCUUUAUUGGAUAUUCAGUUCAUAGAAACUGCAAAUAUAUUUCCUUCUACUUCAUCUACUCUUCCUUAAGGCUAGCAAUAAAUAGUAAUCAACAACCAAAAUCCUAAUAACAGCUUUGGCAGUAAUACUUAUAACAACAACAAUAAUUAAUCUCCCUUUUACCAUAGAUCUGUGAGUAAAGAAUAUCCAAUUUAAAGUUUUUCUAAUGCGGUUUCCAAUUAACAAUAACAAAGCACAAUGGCUAAUUCAUAUCAGUAAAUGUAAAGGUCUUAAUUUAAUUUAAAUAAUAAUUUUUUCAAUAAUAACAAUUAACCUGUUGGUAUGAUGAUGUCUAACAACAUAUCUUCAGAGCUUGAAUCAAGCAAAAUUUAUCAAAAUAAUGAACCAUUAGUAGUUCCAACUUUUACGAAAAACACUUAUUCUAACCACGAAACUAUGGUAGGCUACUAAUUCUAGCAAUUAACAGACUAUAUAAACUUUGAAGAAUUAGACACUUACAAAAAUUAUAAAGUUUACUUUCCUCAUAAUAAUAUUUCAAAAAUAUUAAAAAAACUAAAUCUGAAUAUAAAAUCCAAGCAAACUUUUAAGACAUCUAGAAUAAGAAGAAUAAAAAAAAAGAAAUGA